AUGGCAUCACAGCAGGAAGGUCCCCUCACAACCAGCAUUCGCACCACGCUCACGGAACUCUUGAAGCCUGAGGCACUCGAGAUCAUCAACGAUAGUGCGAAGCACGCCCACCACUCUGCCAUGCGUGGAGUCGACAGCAAGGAGACCCAUUUCAGAGUGAACAUCGUGUCGGAGGCAUUUGCAGGCAAGUCGACUAUGCAGCGUCACCGCCUCAUCUACGGCGCCCUCAACAAGGACUUCGAGGCUGGCCUUCACGCAUUGUCCCUCAACACCAAGACCCCUACCGAAGUUGCCAAGGCCUCAGAGGCAUAA